AUGCAGGCGCUGAUCGCUAUAAAAAAUAGUUACCCCGAGGUCCCGCCUAUAUUUUCGCUUUGCCUCAACUAUAAUGGCAUUUACCACUCCGGCAACUGCGAUGAUAUAAGAGAUUUGGAAAGGAUCCUAAACGUCGAGUGGGAACACGGAGAGGCAAGUUCGUCGUGGUUACUCUCGGCACAAAUAUACCAUUUGUGUUGCUAUUUAGACGUUUAUUUGGAAUCGUUGGAUCCCAAAGCGUUUCCGCAGAACGUCAUGUUCUUGAAAAAUAUUUGUGGGAGGAACAGGAAACGGCCAUUUAAGUUCAGGAAAGUAGGAACGGGACUUUUCUCCCAAUAUUGAAAAUUUUGUUAUGUCACCAUAAUAAAAUUUUAAGUUUCAGAGUUAGUAGAAUAAAAGUUAUUUUUAUU